AUGAGUGAAGAUGGAAACGUAGGUGAAACAGGUGGCAGUCCACGUUUAAAGUCGCCAGAAGGCGUCAAAUUUAAUCGUCCGGGUGCGUACGCGACUACAGGGGCAGAAAAUGAGCCACUCCUCAACGAGGACCGUGCCCGGGCUUCUCACAGGUCUAUUGGCCAAGAUGCAGCACACAGUUCUUUGCCCAACGAAGUUGAAGCUGUUCAAGGUAGAUUGUACAAGACUCGAGAAAGCUACCAUAUCUUUGUACAGGAUUCGCGUAUUGUCCUCAACGUCCUCAUCAGCAUCAACUUGAUUUGGCUGGUCAUCACCUUUUUAGUGGACUUUUUUUUCAACAUCGGACUGCCCUUCAGUAAUAGACUGGUCAGUUUUGAUGACCUGUGUUUGAUUUUUGUUUCGAUUGUGGCCAACUCUCUGAAUCUAUGGUCUAACAGGGUUGGAUUAUACUCUAAACUGGACCAGGGCCUAAACAUUGUUUUAUUCUCGAUGACCCUGUUCAACCUGUUUUUGACAUUCAUCAUCAGCUACACCAGAAGAAGAAUCGGUUUUAUCGGUACUUUCACAUAUGUUUGGGCUGCCCUGACAUUCUUUGCUGGAGCCGUUCUGGACUGGUACCUGUACUACUACUACAGGGAGUUUCACGCAUUUAGCGGUGACUAUGAUGAGAGACCGAGCCCGGAAGGAACCUCUAGACACACUAUCAAGGAAUGGAUGUCGAUAGGUGCUAGAAACGCUGCAAAAUGUCUAAUUUUCGUAUUCUACGUGUUCUUCACAUUGAAUACUCUUCUUUACGCCAUUGACGUCGGUCGACUAACUCAUGGCGUAAAGGAUGUAACAGCAGAUGCAUCUGCAUCUUACGAUGCAUUCCACUGGGUUGACAAGGAGCACACUUACCAGCUCCAUAUUACCUGCUACGGCGAUCUAUCGUCACAGGACAAAGAUCAACAGCCCAUUGUUCUUUUCGAUCAUGGAAGCCUUGACACUGGCUUUCUUUCGGCCGUCUGGAUUCAAGAGCUAUACCAUUUGAACAGAGUGAACCGCUACUGUACUUAUGAGAGACCAGGUUACGGUCUAUCCGAUUCAGCCCCUGCACCCGUUUCAAUUGCAAUGGUGGCUGAUGCGUUGAGCUAUGCCUUGACGAAGGAUGCCAAGAUAGUAGGUCCUUUCAGCUUGGUGGGUUACGAUAUCGGCGGCUUGUAUGCUCAGGUUUUUGCGGCAAAAAACCUAGACAAAGUUGAUUCCAUGUUGCUCGUAGAGUCUUGGCAUGAGGACAUUCUUUUGAAGAAUUACCUACAAAGAUUGCUCCCCCCUGACAACGACAGCAAGGACCCAGAUGAUAUCAGUAAAUUGCCUGUGGAAAUUAAAAGACAUAACGGUUUUAAGCUUUGGUGGCAAGGUCUCUGGUCGACGCUAGGAUUGAAGCUACAAACUUCAUGGCUUCUGGCCCAUCACGGAUCCAAAGAAAGAAUUUAUGGGCGCGACUUACAAUACCAGGGCAAGUUCAUCAGGUCAAAGUUUUUGGAGAGCAUCACUAGCUCUUUGUUAAGCUACAAGGAUGUUUUGAAUGCGAAAGAAAAGUUGCGCGAUGUGAAGCUCAGCGUAGCUAGUUCAGACCAAUUGAUCAAGAAGUCUCCACAGUGGGGAAAUUGGCAGAGAGACAUCACGAAACUAUCAAAGAAGACCCAAGAAUGGAAAAUAUUAAAUGGCGGUCAUGAGGUCUACAAGUACGGAACAGCCAGAAAAGAGGUGCAAGACGUGUUGUUGCGCCUUUUGGGUGACAAAGAUAGGUACUGA